GAUAAUGCGCCAAUGUAAGGCAAAGACAGUUCACCGACCAUCGAAAUUAUUUGUUUAUAGGUCCAAUCAUGAUAGGCUUUGCUCUACGGUACUGACGUUGGGAGGAAGCUGCAGAGGAGGGGAUUGCAUGAGUGACCAAAACACAAGUUUUACAGUUGGUCGUUCAUUGUUCGUAGUGUAGCAGAAUAUUUUGUUUUUUUGCAUGAGGAUACAUUUAUUCGCAGAAUUCCCCUGUUUAUCCGUGAGCCUGGUUUUUACCCAUUAUAAGCAAAUAUGCCGACUACUCUGCCCUCUUUUCAGACUCAGUUAGCCUCCAUUAUGGAAACGUUAGCCAAAACAGCUAUUUUACAGAUAAGUAAACUUGUCGAUAUGGAGUGCAAAAUACUGCGGUCGGAAGUGGCCCGCAGUCACCAUGAGAUUGACACUCUGAGGAAAAGACUGCAGCUGAUGGAGCACAUGCUGGUGCAGGAGGGGAUUCAGAACCAGCAGCAGGUUGGAAACGGAAACGGUGGAGAAGCAGCAGUGCUGCUCACAUCAGUGCAAGAGCACUGCCUGGUACCACUGUCUCACAGGACAGAGAGACAGCCACGCAUUAAAAGAGAGGGUGACCUGGAGGAGUCAAAUAGAUGUGAUUCUGCUUUGGGAGAGAGCUCGGGGGAACCUAAAAAGGACCAGGCUGAUCGAGAAAAUCAAAGUGACUGUGUUCGGCAGCAUCAUGAGGAAAAGCAGCCCUCUGAAUUACCUAUCAAACAGGAGCCAGAUGGAAUGGAUUUAUGGAACUGUGAAAUAGGAGAACGAAACCCGAGGGAGAAGACUGGUGUCACAGGCUCUACUAGUGCUGAAGAAAUAUCAUCUACCAUCAGUCAUCUUACUGGUGACACUGCUGAGAGAGGCAUCCAGACUGUCAAGACCACUUGUUCAGCUGAUCCGUUGGACAGAACCUCACUUGAAGAUAAUUCAUGUGACCAGGAAGGACCAACUUUACAAGUACAAGCAAGCACUGGAACCAAAAUUACAGACUUUACCACCUCACAGAGUUUUCUUCUCCCUAGGUCCAUAAGGACCUUCACCACGUCCAGCUUUUCAGGCGAGAAACGGUUCGUUUGCCCGCACUGUUCCAAGCGCUUCAAGUGUUUCAGUCAACUCGAAAUACACGAGCGGAGCCACACGGGUGAGAAACCUUUUAGGUGCAUGCUUUGUGGUAAGAGGUAUGCACAGAAGGGCCACUUGUAUACGCAUCAACGUACACACACUGGAGAGAAGCCAUAUCGUUGUCUGCACUGCGGGAAAGGUUUCAUUCAGAAAUGCACUCUGGACAUGCACCAGCGAACUCACACUGGAGAAAAACCCUUCAUCUGUGUCAAAUGCGGCAAAGGGUUCACUAAGAAAUGUAAUCUUAACAAACACCUGACUGUACACUCAGAUCCCACCACUGGUCUCUAUGUGGAAUCAGGCCUGCAUGAUCUUAACAUCAGAUAACAAAUGUGAAUGGGCUCCUGUAAUGACACAACCUGUAAAUGUUUUCCUCCGCAGUUUCAGCGAUGGUACUGGUGUGGACAUCUGUAUUUUACAUACAGUAUUUGUGAGUUUUAGUCCUGGUUUUGGUCUGGAAGUCCCCUAAAAUUCUCACUACAGCACACAAAAUUAUUAGCUGAUUUCUGCUUCCAUGUAUUUAUCCAUUUAUAUAUUAAA